AUGUGGGCGUCUGUGGAAAGCGGAGGCGAGGUGCGGCCAGCGCCGUGUGCACGCGGCAAGCACUCGGCAACACUGCUGGGCGGCUACGUGUAUGUGCUGGGUGGACGGGGCGCGGGCGGGUCCGUGCCGCUCAGAGACUUCUGGAGGUACUGUCUUGCUACGAGAAAAUGGGAGAAGCUAGAGGCUCGUGGGGAGCCGCCGCCCUCCCUGCAGGAACACACUGCGACCACACACGGCACUAAGCUGUAUGUGUUCGGUGGUGAAGCAGGAGCGCUAUCAAAUGAAACGCCACUCUGGAUAUAUGACACUGAGACUCAAAUCUGGCGCAAGUUACCCGGCCAGUCAGGAUACUCGUCUCAACGACGGUACGGUACACGCGACAGUCGCUCUGCCGUAAACGCGCCGCGCGGCCGCCGCGGACACUCCGCACACGCGCUCACAGACUGUCUACUCAUCUAUGGUGGAUAUAAAGACUUGCGGGGCUCCACUAAUGAACUGUGGGCUUUUCAUUACGAGUCGGAGUCGUGGCGCGCGGUGCGCGCGGCGGCGGCGGGCCCGGCGCGCCACCGGCACGCCGCCGCGCUGCACGCCGGCCGCCUGUACGUGCACGGCGGCCAGUGCGACCUGCGCGCCUGCGCCGACCUCUGGACCUACGACACGAUGUCCCGCGUGUGGGCGCCGGUGCGCGGCGGCAAGGCAGCGCCGGGCGCGCGCGCUGGCCACGCGGGGCUGCGGGCCGGCGCGCACCUGUACAUCUUCGGCGGGGAGGCCGACGGGCACGCCACCAACGAGCUCUGGAGGUUCCACUUCGCCACAGAAACCUGGGAGCGUAUAAUGCAGAGCGUACAAUGGCCAUCAGCACGUGUGGAUAGCCGCGCACUACUAGUGGGUAGUACGCAGGGAACACACUGCAGGGUAACGCCCAUACAAUGUACAAACGAUGAAGACAGACAGGGGGGCCAGGGUGGGCAAGGAGGUCAAGUUGGUUUCCUACGCGAGAUCUCCAAAUUAUCCAGCUUCCAUAUCCGGCGCGCGGCGCGAUGCUCAUACUCCGUACUGGGCGAACGCGAUUCAACUGAAAGUUUAGUACGUACGGAACGCUCUUCACUGAGCAAGUCGCGUUCUGCCUAUGUCAUCGAUGGGAACAGCGAGCUGGCCCGCGAACCCAUCUCCGUACCCGACUUCGCAGAUAUGGUGUUACCUACACCGGUACUAUCACCCACACAGGCCGCUAGAUUAGUGUACUUCGAUUCCGAUGAGGAAGAGGAUCUGAAACGUGAUCUGGUUUCACAUCAAACCAACGGUACAGGCAGAAAGGUCACGAUAUCCAAGUCCGCAUCAGUACGCUUCACUAAAGAUCCACCUAAAACCACAGCGAAUGAAGAUGAAGGGGAAAUGUCGACGUCAGACUACGCCAGUGCAGAACGCGUGAAUAGAUUAUCAUCAGGCUUUAGUAACCCUCACUACCUAGGGCCUGAUGUGAGGAACCUAGGCUCAGCUCUAACCCCAGACUCCGGUGUAGGUCCAGGAGACAUAGAACUUCAAGAUCUGAGUGAGAAACGAUCAAAAAGCGUUCCAAGGAAUGGAGAAACGCAGUUGCAUUUACUACUGGUAGGAGGUAAGGAACCAUCUCACUUGGCGCUGCUGCAGAGUCCGCUGUCGAUGUGGAGCUAUAGGCUUCUGUAA